AUGCAGAUCUUCGUGAAGACCUUGACGGGCAAGACCAUCACUCUUGAUGUGGAGCCGAGUGACACCAUUGAUAAUGUGAAGACAAAGAUCCAGGAUAAAGAGGGUAUCCCACCGGAUCAACAGCGUUUGAUUUUUGCUGGAAAGCAGCUGGAGGAUGGGCGCACCCUCAGUGACUACAAUAUCCAAAAGGAAUCCACGCUUCACUUGGUUCUAAGGCUUCGUGGAGGCGGAAAGAAGAGAAAGAAGAAGGUCUACACUAAGCCAAAGAAGGUCAAGCGAACCAACAAGACAAUAGCUCUUCAAACCCUCAAAUACUAUCGGGUCGAGAGUGACGGCAAGGUGACACGCCUUCGCAAAUACUCUCCUGUUGCUGGAAUUGGUUGCUUCAUGGCUCAGCACCAUGAUCGCUACUACUGCGGAAAAACUGGGACCACUUUCUUGUAUGAUGACAUGAAGGAGUAA